UUAAUGUUAGGGCUUAAGUUGAAGGGUUUAGAAACCGUAGAAGAAGCAAGAGAACUGAAUUGGUUCUCAGUUCAUUCAUUUUCACAAUCAUGUCACUCUGCCGCCUUCUCCUCCGCUCUCUCCGCCGUCCCACCACCGUCUCUCCAAUCUUCAUCACCACCCGCUCCUUCGCAUUCUCCUCCGCCGAAGAAGCAGCGGCAGAGCGACGCCGUCGCAAACGCCGUCUUCGCAUCGAGCCUCCCUUGAACGCAAUCCGUCCUCCUCCUCAACACCAGCCUCGUGACCCUAACGCCCCUCGCCUUCCAGACUCCACAUCAUCGCUGGUCGGACCUCGAUUGAGUCUUCACAACCGUGUCCAAUCCUUAAUUCGCGCCGAUGACCUAGACGCCGCCUCCGCCGCAGCUCGUCACUCCGUGUUCUCAUCAACUCGGCCUACGGUGUUCACGUGCAACGCCAUCAUCGCUGCUAUGUAUCGGGCCAAGAGGUAUAGUGAUGCUAUUGCACUUUUUCACUUUUUCUUCAACCAAUCUAACCUUGUUCCCAAUAUCGUUUCUUACAACAAUGUUAUCAACACUCACUGCGAUGAAGGCCGUGUUGAUGUGGCUCUUGAGGUUUAUCGCCACAUCAUCGAGCAUGCUCCUUUUGGUCCUUCAUCUGUAACUUAUCGUCAUCUCACCAAAGGUUUGAUUAGUGUUGGUCGGAUUGAUGAAGCUAAUGAUUUGUUGGUUGAGAUGUUGGCUAAAAAUCACGGUGCUGAUUCAAUGGUUUAUAAUAACCUGAUAUCAGGUUUUCUUGAACUUGGUAAUUUGGAUAAGGCUAAUGAGCUUUUUGAUGAGCUUAAGGGAAGGUGUAGUGUUUAUGAUGGUGUUGUAAAUGCUACUUACAUGGAAUGGUUUUUUAAGCAGGGAAGAGAUAAGGAGGCUAUGGAUUCGUAUAAGUCUUUCAUGGAUCGCGAGUUUAGGAUGACACCUGCAACUUGUAAUGUUCUGUUGGAGGUUUUGCUUAAGCAUGAUAAGAAAAAGGAGGCUUGGAAAUUGUUUGAUCAGAUGUUGGAUAAUCACACUCCUCCUAAUUUUCAAGCUGUUAAUUCCGAUACUUUUAAUAUCAUGGUUAAUGAGUGCUUUAAGCAUGGUAAGUUUGAUGAAGCCCUUGAUACUUUUAGGAAGGUUGGUACCAAGAUAAAUUCUAAGCCUUUUAUAAUGGAUGUUGCCGGGUAUCGUAAUAUUGUCUCUAGGUUUUGUGAGAUUGGGAUGAUGUCGGAAGCUGACACAUUGUUUCAAGAGUCAUUGUCCAAGCAUUUGAGUGCGGAUGUGCCUACUCACACUGCUAUGAUAGAUGGAUAUUUGAAAGUGGGUAACAUUGAUGAUGCUUUGAGGGUAUUUAACAAGAUGGUGGAUCGUGGUUUGAGGGUGACUGCUACCUUCGGCAAUAGGGUUUUUGAUGAAUUGAUUAAGAAUGGUAAAGUUAUUGAGUGUGCUCAGAUUUUGAGCAAAAUGGGUGGACAAGAUCCUAAGCCUGAUCCCACCUGCUAUGAGGUUGUGAUCAAGGGACUGUGUGCUGAAGGUUUGUUGGAUAAGAGUCGGGAGUUGUUGGAUGAGGUUAUGAGGUAUGGUGUUGGGGUCACUCCUGCCUUGCGUGAAUCUGUGACCAAGGUUUUCAAAAAUGCUGGGAAAGGCGAAGAGAUUGAGAGGCUGCUAGAUACGAACCGAAUUGGAUACAAUUCCCGUCCAAGACCUGCAUACCGUCCACCACCGGCAAGGUACCCUUCUCAAUUGGAUAGAACACAUAACCCAACUUAUGGGCAUCCACAACAGCGCCCACCACUGCCUUCUGCUCAGAUGGCUGGAGUGCACAGCCCACCUUCUGAGUUUCCAUCUCAAAUGGCAGCACCUCAGAGAUACCAAACACGUUCUUCUCAAGUUGCAGGAACACAUAACCAAUCUUCUGGGUUUCAAAAUUCCCCUCCACACUUUGAUACUCGAAUUGGUGGAACACACAACCCGCUUUCUGAGUUUCCUUCUCAAACGGCAGCAUAUCAACGAUACCAAACAUCACCUUCUCAAGUGGCAGGAACACAUAACCAACCGUCUGGAUUUCAAAAUUCCCCUCCACACUUUGAUACUCAAAUUGGUGGAACACACAACCUGCUUUCUGAGUUUCCUUCUCAAACGGCAGCACAUCAACGAUACCAAACAUCACCUUCUCAAGUGGCAGGAACACAUAACCAACCGUCUGGAUUUCUGGCCCAAAUGGCAGCACAGAAUUCCCCACCACACUUCGAUACUCGAAUGGCUGGAGCAGAUAACAACCACUUUUCCUCGGGAUAUCCACCUCAAAUUUCAGGGCAGCAACGCCCACCACUGUCUCCUCAAAUGACAGGAAUUCACCAUCAAACUCCAUGGGGAGUUUCUCCUCCAAUGAAUAGGUCUCAAAUGCCUACAACUGGACCUUCUCAUUUAACAGGGCAGCCUCACCACCCUCAAUACCAACAUACCCCUCGUAUGCAAAGGGCAUCUCCUCAAUCAACUGCAAAGCCUUAUACACCAUAUGGGCCUUCACCUCAAAUUGACGGAUAUCAACCUUUUGGCCAACAAUCUGGGCCUCAGCAAACAGCAGAGAAACCUUAUCAACCAUCAAAAUUGACUACUCCAAUGUCAGGGCAACACCAUCCAAUGUCGGGACCAUAUCCUCCAAUGUCAGAGCCAUCUCUUCCAUCACACGGAUCAUCGGGCCCAGGAACAUCUUCUCAGAUUACAGGACCAUAUCACCCAUCAUCAGGAACCCCUCCUCACUUUGAAGAAUCACAUCAACAGCAACUAGAAGUCCCUGAACAAGUUGCAGUCUGAUCAUUGAAGUUUAGGCUAAUUCUUAGUUUUGCUGGUUCUCUUCAAACUUGUAUAAGAGUUUGCUCUAUCAUUUUAUAUUGUUAGUGUCUUACGAUGCUUCUGAUGUUCAGAAUACUAGGUAUUUAUGUGUUUGUUUAUACAGGAAUAAUUUUUUAUUUAUUGGUCAGGGACAUGUAUUGCAUGUGUCAAUGACAUGCUAUUUUAAUUUAUUCCUGUAAUUGAACCAAUUAAUUAUUAAUACAGCACAACAUGUUAUUGAAUCUUCUGAUAA